CUUUUCUUUGGGCACAAGACACGCAAAACAUCAUUUUUUUCAGAGUUCAAUAAAUAAUAGAAAAAAACCAAAAUUGAAAAAAAAAAAACCCUCUUUACGCUUCAGCUUCUCUUCGACUGUGUAGUGGAAUCGGGAUCCAUGGCGGCCUUGCAAUACCUGGAAUCUCUUCGAAAUGAGCAUCCAGAGCUAGCCGACUGGUAUAGUUCUCUAGCAGAUCUGUAUCAGAAGAAGCUUUGGCAUCAGCUCACUCUCAAGCUUGAACAGUUCGUUGCUCUCACCGUCUUUCAGGCUGGAGAUGCACUGAUACAGUUGUAUCAUAAUUUUAUCACUGACUUUGAGACCAAGAUUAAUCUUCUCAAGCUUGCACAUUUUGCUGUUAUAGUUUCUCGGCAGUAUUCUGACAAAGAAGCUUCUACUAGUUAUCUUGAAGGUGUGAUCGAAAAGCUUCAGGCUACUAAAGAGCAGCGCAUAGAAGAGCCAAUUAUUUAUAUUAAGAUGCAAAUUGCCAAAUUUAAGCUUGAGCAGGGUGACCAAAAGGAGUGCAAGAAACUUCUUGAUGAUGGAAAGAGUACUCUUGACAGUAUGACUGACAUAGAUCCUUCUGUAUAUGCUAGCUAUUAUUGGGUUUCAUCUCAAUACCAUAAAUUUCGUCAAGAAUUUGCUGACUUCUACAGAAGUGCUCUCCUUUAUCUUGCAUACACAUCUGUGGCGUCCCUGUCAGAAUCCUUUAAGCUGGAUUUGGCAUUUGAUCUGUCCCUUUCUGCUCUUCUGGGUGAUAACAUCUACAACUUUGGAGAACUGCUUGCGCAUCCCAUUAUAACAAGUCUUCUUGGGACUAGGGUUGAGUGGCUUUACCAUAUCCUCCAGGCCUUCAACUCAGGUGAUCUAGCUCGCUAUCAAGAAUUGUGUCAUGUGCACAAUGCUGCAUUGAGGGCUCAACCAGCCUUGGUUGAGAAUGAGAAGAAGCUGUCUGAAAAAAUCAAUAUUCUAUGCUUAAUGGAGAUUAUCUUCAGCCGCCCAUCCGAAGACCGAACCAUACCGUUAAAAGUUAUUGCUGAGCGAACAAAACUGUCCAUUGAGGAUGUUGAGCAUCUUCUUAUGAAGAGCUUGUCUGUAAGUUGCAUCUUGUACAAGUCCAGCCUCUCCAUUUCCUUCUCAUAUGAGCUUUUGCAUCACUGCAUGCAUUUGAUUGCAUUUAUGUCUACAACCACUAGCUAUCGCAUGGAUUACUUGUAUAACCUUUCAUUUGAAUCACAAUUGCAGGUUCAUCUGAUUGAGGGCACAAUUGAUCAAGUUGAGGGUACAGUUCAUGUCUCCUGGGUGCAGCCGAGAGUUCUGGGAAUUCCACAGAUCAAAUCCUUACGUGACAGGUUGGAUAAUUGGGUAGGCAAAGUACAAACUGCUUGGUUAUCAAUCGAGGCUGAAACACCUGAUCUUGUUGCAGCAUGAAUUUUUUCUCCCCUCAAGUUCCUUUCUGCCCAUUGUAACAAUUUCGUUAUUGGAAAAAAAAAAAAAAAAAAGAAGAGAGAAGUUAAUGGUGAGCAAUGAGGAUAGAGACAAGUGUAAGUGAUGUGGGGAUAUUAGUUGAUAGUUGAUCCUGGAAUUCUUCUAUUCUUGUGGAAGGAGUGUCCCCUCCUUUGUACUUUCUUUUUCACGUUUGGUCAUUUGUUGGAUAUUUACAGUGGCAUAUAUGCCUAAGGAUACUUGUUAAACUUGAGAAUAGCUAGUUUCCUUCUCUUUUUUAACUUUGUAUUGGGAGUUCUAAUUUACAUACAAUCAGAUAUAUGAACCACUUUCAUGUGGAUCAUAUGAUAAGAAAGUGCAUUUUCAUUUUAGAA